UUGGCACUGUUGAAUUGAAGAUUAUCAGGUCAUUUAUCAGAAAGUGCAGCAGGAAAAAACUUGUCAUUGCUGCUAAGACCACAGGUAUUGGUCACCUACAAGUUUCUGGCUAGAAGGGAACAGGCCAGGAGAGAGGGGUGGACAUGCUGACGAAGCUCCAGUUCUCCUUGUCGGUCACCCUGCUGUUUGCCUGUGGCUUCCUCUACCAGUUCACGCUGAAGCCCAGCUGCCUCAUCUGCUACCUACCUUCCUACAAGUCGCAGCAGGGGCUGGAAGCCCUCCUGGGCCGUGGGCGCAGCAUCGUGUUCCUAGAGACCUCGGAGAGGAUGGAGCCAACCCCGCUGGUCUGCUGUGCUGUGGAGUCAGCUGCAAAGGUUUACCCCGAGCAGCCUGUGCUGCUACUUAUGAAAGGGCUCAAUAACUCCAUGCAGCUGCCCCUGAACUCCACUUUCCCAGCCCUUUCCCUCCUCUCAGCAAUUGACAAUGUUUUCCUCUUCCCUUUGGAUAUGAAAAGCCUGUUUGAAGACACACCGUUGUUUUCGUGGUACACUCAAAUCAACAGCAGUACCGAGAGAUUCUGGCUCCAUAUCAGCUCAGAUGCAUCCCGCUUGGCCUUCAUCUGGAAGUACGGCGGUGUCUACAUGGACACAGAUGUCAUCUCCAUCAGACCCAUUCCUGAGGACAACUUUCUGGCUGCACAGAAAUCUCAGUUUUCCAGUAAUGGGGUGUUUGGAUUUCUCCCCCACCACCCCUUUCUGUGGGAGUGCAUGGAAAACUUUGUGGAAAAUUACAAUCCAAAUAUUUGGGGCCACCAGGGUCCCGAAUUGAUGACGAGGCUUUUGAGAGUAUGGUGCAAACUCAGAGACUUCCAGGAGGUGAGUGACCUCAAGUGUUUAAACUUCUCCUUCCUACACCCCGAAAGAUUUUACCCCAUCUCUUUUCGAGCCUGGCGGCGCUAUUAUGAAGUCUGGGAUACGGAACCGAGCUUCAACAAUUCCUAUGCCCUCCAUCUGUGGAACCACAUGAACCAGGAAAGGAAGGCUGUGGUCAGAGGAAGCAAUACACUGGUGGAAAAUCUCUACCGUAAGCACUGUCCCAAGACUUACAGGGACCUGCUUCAAGGUCCAAAGGGGUCAGUGACUAAGGAGCAGGGUCGAGGUAACAAAUAAGCCAAUGCUGAGUUGUUGGUGCAACACUGUGGGUUUAGCCACUUCCUGGAGUGCUAGGCUUUCACCUGAUCCCCACUUCCCCGGAGUGUAGAGGCUCACCCAUAUAUCAGUUACAGUCACAAUUUUCCAUGUCGUUUCACCAAAAAACCAUUAGAACUAAUAAAUGAACUCAGUAAGUUGACAAAAUCAAUACACAAAAAUCAGCUACACUUCUAACCACUAAUAAUGAACCAUCAGAAAGAAAAAGAAAACAAUUCUAUUAACAUUUGCAUCAAAAAGAACAAAACACCUAGGAAUAAAUUUAACCAAGGAUGUGAAAGCCCUGCAUAUUGAAAGCUUUAGGACACUGAUGAAGAAACUGAAGAAGAUACAAGGAAACAGAAAGAUAUCAUAUGCUCAUGAAGGAUGAGGACUUCCCUGGUGGCUCAGAUGGUAAAGUGUCUGCCUACAACGCAGGAGACCCGGGUUCAAUCCCUGGGUUGGGAAGACCUCCUGGAGAAGGAAAUGGCAACCCACUCCAGUAUACUUGCC